GUUAAUGUCAUACUAGGGAGUAUAAUAUUAUGAAUUGUGAAAAGGGGCUCUUAUGACUUUGUACUCUUGUGACAUUAGAAUCCAUGUUGUGAGAUGAUCCAAGACCGUCAUAGUGUCUCAUUUGUAAAAUUAUUCUUAAAAUUGAUAAUUCAUCUCUAAUCCCUUACCUAGCCCCGACCAAAACAUACAUUCACUCCCUUUGUUUGACGCAUUAAAUGACGGCCGGGAAAUUGCAGUAUGCGUCGGCUGAAACGCCGAAUCCGCCGACGGACUUAGCAGAUGAAGCGGGCUGGGUGUGGCUACAGAUCAAGGCGGAGGCUCGGCGCGACGCGGAGGCCGAGCCAGCUCUGGCCAGCUACCUGUACUCAACCAUUCUCUCGCACCCGUCCCUGGACCGUUCGAUUUCGUUCCAUUUAGGGAACAAGCUCUGCUCGUCGACGCUCCUCUCCACGCUCCUCUACGACAUCUUCAUCAACGCCUUCUCCAGCGAUUCGGAUAUCCGCGCCGCCACCGUCGCCGAUCUCAUCGCCGCUCGCUACCGGGACCCUUCCUGCGUUUCCUUCUCCCAUUGUCUCCUCAAUUACAAAGGAUUUCUAGCUUGCCAGGCACACCGAGUCGCUCACAAGCUGUGGAUCCAGUCCCGAAGGCCACUCGCUCUUGCACUUCAAUCAAGAAUCUCUGAUGUCUUUGCUGUUGACAUACACCCAGCUGCAAAGAUAGGGAAAGGCAUCCUAUUUGACCACGCAACCGGAGUCGUGGUUGGCGAGACUGCAGUUAUUGGAAACAAUGUCUCCAUACUCCACCACGUAACCCUUGGAGGAACAGGUAAGGUUGGUGGUGAUCGGCACCCUAAGAUUGGUGAUGGGGUGCUGAUCGGUGCAGGGGCGACCAUACUUGGAAACGUAAAGAUUGGAGCGGGAGCCAAAAUCGGAGCUGGGGCUGUAGUAUUGAUCGACGUGCCUCCACAGACGACCGCAGCUGGGAAUCCGGCAAGGCUUGUAGGAGGGAAACAACAGCCAACUAAACAUGAGGAAGUGCCCGGAGAGUCAAUGGACCAUACCUCUUUUAUUUCCGAAUGGUCUGAUUACAUCAUCUGAAAUCUCAUUUUCUUCUCAGCUUAUAUAUAUAGUUAUAAAUAAAAGUAAAUGAGGAGGGAUAAUCUUACAACAUUCAUAUCUUUCAAUUUGAUUAUUUUUUUGUGAAACCCACCGUAUGAUUGAAAGUUACUACGGAGUAAUUCAUAGAUUGUCAUCCUAAAACUUCACAAAAACCCAAGUUCGUUUCGUUCUUAAUCCAAUGGGAAAAAAAUUAAUGCAACGAAACGAAUUUGGAUUUUUGUGAAACAGUAUGCCGAUCUAUGAGUUAGUAACUAUUUGGGUUUCACAAAAUAAAUAAUCCAAUUGUAAGAUAUGCAUGUUGUAAGAUUAAUAGUGAAAAAAAAUUUGUAGUAAGAUCAUCCCUCAUGUUUAGUGGCAUUUGUUGUAUUAGUUCAAUAAAUAAUUGUGACAUGCAUUUUUGUACCAUACCAACUGAAUGUUGAGCAGUUAAUUUUUGUAGGGUGAGCUCUUAGUAGUCACCUCUCACUUGUAUGUAUUAUGGAAUUGAGUUUUUGCUAGUUCUAUAAUUUGGUUUGUUGACUAUUAUUUACUCUUUGUCUUGGUUUAUGUAGUUUAUCCCAAGUUACUUAAGAUAAAGAUUUACCUCAAGU